AUGCAAGAUGAAACUCAAAUCAAAGUUGAUUUAUUUUUACAAGUUCUUCGUGAUUUAUUGAAAAGUAAACUAAUAACAUGCGCAGAAAUUAAUGAUGAUGAAUUUAACAAAGAUUUUAAAAAGAUUGAUAUUAAAAUGAAUUAUAAAAUUCAAAUAGCUGAUGAUUUUAAAAGUAAUAAAAUUAAAAUAAACUUGAAUGUACCAUUAAAAUCAGUCGAACAGAAAGAUAUCGAAGAAUUACAUCGAACAAUUGAUGAAGAUCGAAAAAUGGUUAUUCAAGCUGCAAUUGUUCGAAUAAUGAAAGCUCGACAAACUCUACAAUAUUCAUUAUUAAUGCAAGAAGUUAUACAUCAACUAAGUUCACGUUUUAAACCAGAAAUAUCUGUGAUUCAAAAGUGUAUUGAUAUACUAAUUGAAAAAGAAUAUCUUGAACGUCAAUCAAAUGAAAAAGAUAUUCUACGUUAUUUGGCUUCAGAUAUAUAA